ACAAGAAAAGAAAUCAAUUUGAGAGUUUAGAGAAUAUGGCAGUCAACUCCACACCAAUUCCUCUCCUCACUCCUUACAAAAUGGGGAGAUUCAACCUCUCUCAUAGAGUAGUGAUGCCACCAAUGACAAGGAACAGAUCAUAUAAUAACACUCCACAGCCACAUGCUAUUGAAUAUUAUGCUCAAAGAGCCACUAAAGGGGGUUUUCUUAUUUCUGAAUCAGCUAGUGCCUCUGAUAUUUCCCAAGGGUCCCCAAAUAUGCCUGGAAUUUGGACAGAAGAUCAAAAAGAGGCUUGGAAACCCAUAGUUGACUCUGUUCAUAGCAAAGGUGGUAUCUUUUUUUGCCAAAUUUGGCAUCCAGGAAGGAUAUCCAACUCAAGACUAAACAAUUGGUGGUUUCUUUGGACUAACGCUGCAGCACCUCAUGAUGGUGCGUGCGUGGAACCAACACUAAGGCAAUUAAGCACUUGUGAACUCGCUCACAUUGUCGAUGAUUUUAGAAUUGCAGCUCGCAAUGCUAUCGAAGCUGGAUUCGAUGGAGUUGAGAUCAACUCAGCAAACAGCUACAUAAUUGAACAAUUUUUUAAUGAUCAAGUCAACGAUAGGAGUGAUGAAUAUGGUGGGAGCAUAGAGAAUCGUUGUAGAUUUGCUCUUGAAGUUAUAGGAGCAAUUGUGAAUGAAAUUGGAGGAGAUAGAGUUGGAAUAAAACUCGGAAAAAAAGACUCAAACCCAGAAGCUCUGUUGACUUAUUUGGCUAGUCAAUUGACUAAGCUCGGAGUUUUAUAUCUUCAUGUGUUCGAGCCAAGGGACGAACCUCGUAAUAAUUGUCUUCAAUUUAUAAGAAAGUCAUUUGAAGGGACACUUAUUGCUUCCGGUGGCUAUAAUAAAAAUGAAGGAGAUGUGGCUAUUUCUGAAAACUGUGCAGAUUUGGUCUCAUUUGGACGUUUGUUUUUGGCUAAUCCAGAUUUGCCCAAACGUUUUGAGGUUAAUGGGCCAUUAAACAAGCAUGAUAGGAGCACUUUUUACAAAAAUGACCCAAUUGUGGGUUACACUGAUUACCCAUCUCUUCAACUUGAAUUUGCUUAAUUUCGAAAGACGGAAUAAUCUCGAAGACCCUUGUAAUCGUUCUGAUUUAUCAUCCCGAUUUAUUUACUUCACGAAGUGUUGCAAUGGACACCUAAACUUGUGAAAUUUCAUUGGGUAUAUUGUUAUUGUCAUCGUUGGUUUUGAGAUUCUUUGGUUGGUGUUAUACAUGUAUAA